AUGAGCGUUGAGGCAUUUGAGUCCGCGACGAGCCUCCCCAAGCAGCCUGCUUCCGAAGAUGUCUACGAACGUUCACAAGAUCCAUCCGAGUCUGCAUUUGCGAAUGAGCUUGUCCCGGGAGAGUUCAACGUCGAUAAUGUCGAACGAAUCUACAACAAAUUGGAUUGGCGCAUCAUUCCUGCCCUCUGGGUACUCUACUUCAUGGCCUCCGCAAUUCGCUCGAAUGUCGGCUUGGCGCAGACAAUGAAUGAAGCCUCAGGCCAUGAUAUUGGAACUGUACUUCACAUGAACACUCACCAGAUCUCAACUGCAUUGGCACUGUUCUAUAUUGGAUACGUGGUUUUCGAUCUACCGUCUAACUUGCUCAUGACUCGCUUGAGUCCCCACGUGUGGAUGAGUCGCAUUGUCAUCAGUGUUGGCCUGAUCGGCACAUGUAUGGUAGCUAUGAAAGCAGCCUGGAGCUUCUACUUGCUCCGCCUUCUUCUCGGUAUCGUUGAAGCAGGAUUGUGGCCGGGCAUGACCUACUAUUUGACCUUAUUCUACCCCCCAUCCCGAAUGGGCAAGCGAAUUGGUCGAUACUUUACUGCCGCCCAGGUCUCAGCAGCCGUGGUAGGCCUUGUCUCUGCUGGCUUCCAAAAGAUGGACGGAGUUCGUGGAUAUGUUGGAUUCCAGUGGAUGUUUCUCAUAUGGGGCGUCAUCACCAUUGUGCUUGGAUUUUCCUUGCUUUGGUGGCUACCGGAUCGCCCAGUCCCGCCAGGCGAAGAAGAACCGGCGCGCGCUUGGUUCAUGCGGUGGAUACCGCGCAGCUCCCCGGCUUUGACAGGGCGUGAUGCGGUCAUUCAUUACCACGACUUGAAGCGAGUCUACCAUGCGCCUGCAUGGAACUUUCGUCAUCUACUUCAUGUGUUCAUGGACUGGAGACUAUGGCCCCUGUUGAUCAUGUACUUUGGUGUCGUUGGAGUUGGUAUUGGCGUCCAGCUCUACGCCACCUUGAUUAUCCAGGCAAUUAACCCAUCUUUGAAUGGGGUCGAUGUGAGCUUGCUGACUGCUCCUAUUUGGAUUAUGGAUCUUAUCGCCAUCUUGCUUGUAACCCCAUUUUCCGACCGCUUCCAUCGCCACCGUGCCCUAUUCUUCUCCAUCCCAACCUUGUUACAGAUCCUAGGUCUCCUUCUCACCAGCUACGCUGGAUCUGAUGAAAAUCCCUGGCCACGGUACGGAGGGUUGUUGAUCGUAGGAUUCGGCCUCGGACCUACUGUGCCCAUCACCAUGACGUGGACUGCGGAGAUCUUCCAGCCUCGUCACGGCGAAGUCGGCGUGGCUGCUGCCUCCGCCGUGGUGUCGGGUUGGGGCAAUCUAGGGAGUAUUAUGACAACAUAUGCUCUGUAUUCCGGAUGGGCGAGUGACGCCAAUGCCCCGGGAAGGGAGAAGUACCGGAAGAGCAACUUGGUUAUGAUUGGCAUUCUGAUUGCCAGCAUUUUGGCUGCCGUGCUGAUGCAGGUGACUCUUCACUUUACUGACGGUCGGUAUCGUCAGACUGGGGAAGAAGAUGAUGCUGUUGAUGGGGCUGCUCGGCGAGAGGUCCAGCAGCGUGGAUUGCGGGGGCUAGGAUCAGGCAUGGGUCAGUGGCUGCGACGAAGCAAGGCCGAACAGCAGUGA